AUGAUCGACACCACUUCAUUUAUGCAAAUCACACCACCACCAGUGCAUCGUAAAAUGGGAGUAGUUGGACAGCCUCCGCGUUCGCCACUAGCACCAAUUCGAUUGUCAGUGAAUAUUUCACCACCAGCAUCACGACCUCUGAGAACAGCUCAGCGCCCUGAUAUCGUGAAGGUGUCCAAGGUCGAGAAUGCGGAUAUGGUAUUCCGUGCCAGUCGAGUGUUCGUCGAUCGCAGUCCACCACAGGAUCGUCGUCAAAGUGGUAUCGUACAGCCAAGUCCACGCAUAGACAAAAGAAAUCGCCGCCCGAAGAGCAUGUUCGAGCAGGCAGACGAGCCAUUGUAUGCCACACCAGUUAGAGCGAUGAAUAGGUCGGCAAUACUUGGCACUUUGACUUCUGGCCAAUUACUUGGACUCUUGGACUUCUCUUUUCAGUGGCUUAGACAUCCUCUAAGUGCAGGCCUGAGUGUUUUCGCCAAAAGAAGGUCCGGGGCAUUAAGUCCAGCUUUUUGA